AUGUUAGGACGGUUACUAUCGCGGAGGUCAAUUACGCGACCAUUGGGUAUAAUCCAAGCCGUUUCAAGACAGUCAAGUCUUCGAGCAAGGUCAUCGUACAUUGCCCAUUCGAAUUCAAAAGUUAAACGCAUCAAGACCAAGGAAGAAAUAGCCAAGGAAAAGCUGGAAGAGCAGCUCAAGUCCGAAAACCGCUUUAUAAGAUGGGGUGCAAUUGUAAGAACCGAAAAAUUCACUAAAGGAAUGACCAAAUAUCUCAUCGGAGCAUAUGUGUUCUUCUUGAUUUAUGGUCUAUACUUCAUGAAGAAAAUGUAUGCCAAGGAAAAAGAACUAGAGAAACUGGAGGCAAAACAAUUGGAGGGUAAGGCUAACGAGUUUGAAACUCUAAGGAUCAAAGAGCUUAGGGGUAAAUUAAGAACUCGAGAUGAGCGUAAACUAGCCCAGUAUCGAGAGAUGACUUGGGAUGAAAAUCAAGAUUCGUCCCAAUACGACCAUGUAACCUUGGCGAACAACAAUGAGAACAAUACCAACAAGAAAAUCUUGCCUGCCCGUGAUACAACGGAUUUUUACGAUUUCAAAGCUUCCGAAUAUGACGAGGGGGUAAAUUUUGAAGAAAAAGCGAUCUUCAUGGGCAGAAGACGCAAAUGGCUCAUGAAAUAUUGUAAAGGUGACGUUUUGGAGGCCGCAUGUGGCACAGGGAGAAAUCUGAAGUAUGCAGAUCUUUCCAAAAUAAACUCUAUUACGUUUUUGGAUGCAUCUGAAAAGAUGAUGGAGUUGACCCAUGAUAAAUUUCGCAAAGAGUUUCCCAACUUCAAAAAAGCGGCUUUUGUUGUAGGCAGGGCAGAGAACCUUGUUAACUUAGCUGCCGGUGGUGAGGGGCAGGGUGUUAACCCCGAUACCAAGGUUAAGUACGAUACGAUCGUCGAGGCUUUUGGGCUAUGUUCAUUAGAAGAUCCUGUUAAGUCACUGCAGAAUUUUGAGAGGCUAUUGAAGCCCGGUGGAAGAAUUGUGUUACUCGAACACGGAAGAGGUAAUUAUGAUUUUAUCAAUAAGAUCUUGGAUGAUAGAGCAGAGAAACGUUUGGAGACGUGGGGAUGCAGGUGGAAUUUGGAUCUAGGCGAAAUUCUUGACGAUUCGGGUUUAGAAGUCGUGGAAGAAAACAGAACACAUUUUGGAACGACCUGGUGCGUUAUCGCCAAAAGAAAAGGAGAUCUUAAGAAAAAUGAAGAGGUCGGCUUUGUGGAGAAGUAUGUUAGUUCGAGCAUCAAAAACAAAAUUGAGGCUUACGCAAAUGUUGAAGGAUCUUCAAAAAAGUUAAAUGAUGCAGAGACAACCAGCGAUAAAUAG